CCCAACAAACAUCACUAAAUAGUCUCGAGUUUGUUUGCUUCUCACUUUACUAAUCUCUUUUAGUUAAUACAUCUUCCUCUUUGGUCUUCCUCAACCGAUUUCUUCAAUCAAUUAAUCCCUAGCCAGAGAAACUUGGUGAGAACAUAGAGAAUGGCGGACCAAACCUCCGAUUCAACAUCUCCACCGGCUCUUGUCUCCGCAUCCUCUCCUAAGAAAGAAAUCACCAGUCCUCCUGUUGAUUCCAAGCUCACUGAAUUGAGCGAAUCAAGGGCUGAGUUGCUUAACAGGAUCCAGAAUCUCAAACAGGACUUGCAAAGUUGGAGAGGUAAGCUGGACACCCAAGUCCAAGUCUAUCGUGAGGAGCUCUCUGGUCUGAAGAAGACUCUCAAUCUUGAAGUUGAGCAACUCCGUGAGGAAUUCAAAGAUCUGAAAACCACCUUGAACCAGCAGCAAGAUGAUGUCUCUGCUAGCCUCAAAAGCUUAGGCUUACAAGAUAACUCUAAAGAUUCAAAAGAGCAAAUGGAUAAGAAAAGCGAGGUUACAGAAGAGGAAGUGGAAGCUCGGAUGAAUGAUGAGAAUGCGAAAGAAGCAGAGCAUUAUUAGAUGAUAUGAUAAUGUUUCUUCUCUAUCAUCUUAACAUUACUACUACUACUUUGAGAAUGUAUCGUUACUCCUAAAAAUGCUAGUACUGUGGUUUAAUUACAAUGCGAAAACCAACCAACUUUAGUAAUGAUCUUAAAACCAA